AUGACGAAAUUGUGGACUUGUGUGAUUGUUCUGUUAGUAAAUCAUGUUCUCAGUGAAACAGAUGAAGGCGGCACGACGCUGUCACCAAUUCUUCCUCAGAAACCGCUUACUUGUGUGAUAGGAGCUGGUUACUCAGGAUUGGCUGCAGCGCGAUAUCUCAAGGAGUUUGGCCAGAAUUUCAAAGUGUUCGAAGCAUCUAGUAACAUUGGUGGUACGUGGAGGUUCGAUUCCCAUGUGGGUUACGACGAAUAUGGAGCACCGGUUUUUACCAGCACCUAUAAGUAUCUAAGAACAAACACGCCCCGUCAGACCAUGGAGUUUAGCGGAUUUCCAUUCCCAAGUUCUACACCAUCCUAUCCGACAAACACCUGCUUCUACAAGUACUUGAAGUCCUUCGCAAAACACUUUCAACUGAUGGAUAAUAUUCAAUUCAAUAGUUACGUCCAAUCAGUGAAAUGGGUGCGUAACCACUGGGAUCUGACGUACACCAAAACGGAUGAGAGGCAAAAUUAUACGACUGAAUGCGACUUCGUGGUGGUAGCCAACGGUCAAUAUGUCAAACUGAAGAUGCCAAAAGUUCCCGGAAUGAAUACUUUUAAAGGUAAAAUAAUGCACAGCCAUGACUACAAAGGGCCGGAGCCGUUCAAAAACAAGAAGGUACUGAUCGUCGGAGCUGGUGCCUCCGGUCUCGACCUUGUGACGCAUUUAGUGAACAUCACGGACAAACUGGUCCACAGCCACCAUUUAAAAUACAACCAGCCGAAGUUCCCAGAGAAUUUCGUGAAGAAACCUGACAUGAAGGCGUUUUUAUCGAACGCCGUUAUCUUCCAAGACGACACUAAAGAGGACAUCGAUGUUGUCAUAUGCUGUACAGGUUAUGAAUACGACCACCCAUUCUUGGACAAAAGCUCUGGACUGACGCUGACUGGAAAGUUCGUGUUACCCCUCUACCAGCAUGUUGUCAACAUAAGACACCCAAGUUUGACAUUUAUCGGUAUAGCCAAAGGGAUCAUCAACAGAAUGUUGGAUGCACAGGCAGAGUACAUUGCUUCGUUAAUCGCCGGCAAAUUCAAACUACCUGCGCAGGAGCAAAUGUUGAAGUUCUGGCUCCAGCACGUAUACGCAUUACAGGAUGAGAACAAAAAGAUUGUAGAUGUCAAUCUAGUUGGGCCGAAAAUGGAUCAAUACUUCGCGAAUCUAACAGAAGAAGCAGGAAUCACCCGGGCACCACCUGUUCUAACAGACAUCAGAGAUUUCAACGCCAAAUACCGUUUGGAGGACCUCCUGAACUACCGAGAUUAUGAUUACGAAUUAACAGACCCUUACCACUACAAGCGAUGGCAUAACGGUGGCGGAGCUAGAGCCCAAGAAUGCCCAAUUGACAGCGAACCCGAACAGCAAAAAAUAUGA